AUGGCGCAGAAGUUGGCUCCGUACGGUACUUGGACAUCGCCUAUAACAGCAGAGUUAAUCACGCAGAGUACCAUCAAUAUAACCGACGUCUUGGUGGAUCCUGUCACUGGUGCUAUAUAUCACCUGGAAGAACGUCCGUCGGAGGAAGGACGUGCCGUAGUCGUUGAGACUAGGACAGGCCAAGACGUCUUCGGGCACUGGAGUGCACGAACGGGAGUGCAAGAAUACGGUGGAGCGGCCGUGACCGCGUACGGAGGCUUUGUCUAUUUCUCGCAUGUGGUCGACAACCGAGUGUAUCGAGUCAAGAAAGGAGAAGCACCGGAAGCCGUAACUCCAGAUUAUCCCAGCCAUCGCUUCGCCGAUUUUGCCGUACAUCCCCGGUACCCAAGUCUGCUGGUGGCCAUCCUUGAAGAUCACACCAAACCCGAACCGGCGAACGUGGUCACCCAGCUCUGCAUCAUCGACACGGACGCGAAGAGCGUCACACCCGUCGUAUCCGGGGCCGACUUCUACGCUGUCCCUCGUUUCUCCCCGUCCGGGACGCACCUGACCUGGCAACAAUGGUUCCAUCCCGACAUGCCCUGGGAAGGCGCCGAGAUACAUAUCGCGCCCGUGACCGUACAAGAUGGUCAGCUGCACGUCGCUGGGUCCACAUAUGUUGCUGGAAAGCGCAAGGAAAUUAGCGCCACCUAUCCCUUCUGGUGCUCUGACGAUUUGCUGAUCUUUACAUCGGACGAAGCUGGUUAUCAUAACCCCUGGACAUACCGUGUCUCUGCGGACAAAGCCGACGCUUUACUACCUACCGUCGUCGAGGAGGACUUCAGUGAAGCAGCGUGGUGGCUCGGUGGAUCAUACGGGGCUCCCCUUGACGACGGGACCGCGUUACUAACCGCGUUCAGGGAUGGGCGUAGUGUCCUCUACAUUGCAGACGUAAGGAAUGCUGCCUUGACCGAAGUCGACUGUCCAUAUGUGAACGUGGAGCAUAUACGCCAUGUCGGUGCGGACCAGGUCGUCUUCGUGGCUACUGCCGCGGACGCGGCACUCCCGUCUGCUAUCAUCUCCCUGCCUCAACCGCUGAAGCUAAGUGUGCCCCCGGACGACGAGCCGGUGCACGUCGUGUUCUACCCGCCCACGAAUCCCGAGUAUGCCGGCUCUGAUCAGGCAGGGGAAAAGCCACCGUGCGUCGUGAACGUUCACGGGGGUCCUAACUGGAAAGAGUACCAGUGGUUGGACUGGAUAAAGCAGUACUUCACCAGUCGGGGCUGGGCUUGGCUUGAUGUCAACUAUGGGGGCUCAACCGGAUACGGACGGAAAUACCUCGACCGUCUCUUGGGAAAGUGGGGCAUCGUCGACGUGCAGGACUGCGUUCGCGCCUCCCGGCUCCUCGCCGCUCCGCCCUACUCUCUAAUUGAUCCCGCCCGGGUGGUCAUCCGCGGCGCAUCCGCCGGAGGGUACACCGUGCUCGAGGCGUUAUCGACGUUCCCGGAUGCGUUCGCGGCGGGGACGAGCAAUUAUGGCGUGUCGGACGUCGCUGGUCUCGCAAACGACACGCACAAGUACGAGUCACACUAUAUGGAAAAGAUGAUGGCGGGGACCCCCGCUGAGAUCCCUGAGGUUUAUAAGGCGAGGUCUCCGAUUUACCAUGCUGAGAAGAUCAAGUCCCCUCUCCUGAUCAUUCAUGGCAAGAUAGACCCGAUUGUCCCGUACAAGCAGGCUGAAGAGAUUGCUCAGAAUAUUCGGCGCCGCGUUGGGCGAGUGGACUAUGUCCUAUUUGAGGACGAGGGACAUAUCUGGCAGAAGGCGAAGAAUAUCAAGUUCGCGCUCGAGAGGGAGAUUGGAUUUUACGAAGGCGUGUUGGGUUUGCGGAAAUAG